AUCAUUUAAAUUUAUGUUUAAGCCAAGUAGGGUGAACUUUUAAUUUUGUUUAAUUCUAAAGAUAAAAUAUAAACAAAGUAAAAUGCCUUUCAACGCAAUGAACUUCGCUCAAGAUCUCGCUGUUGGUGGGACAGCUGCCGCGAUUUCAAAAACCUUGGUUGCCCCAAUCGAGCGAGUGAAACUUCUUCUUCAAGUUCAAGCUGUUUCAAAACAAAUUGCAGUAGAAGACCAAUACAAGGGGAUUGUGGAUUGCUUCGUGAGGAUUCCUAAAGAACAAGGUUUCGCUUCAUUUUGGAGAGGAAACUUGGCGAACGUAAUCCGUUACUUUCCAACACAAGCCCUUAACUUUGCAUUCAAAGAUACUUACAAACAACUUUUCCUCGCUGGGGUCGACAAAAAAACUCAAUUCGGAAGAUACUUUCUUGGAAACCUUGCAUCUGGUGGAGCUGCUGGAGCUACUGGUCUCUGCUUCGUCUACCCGCUCGAUUUCGCCAGAACUCGCCUCGCUGCCGACGUUGGUAGCGGAAAACAGAGAGAGUUCUCAGGGUUGGGAAACUGCAUUGUAACCAUCGCUAAACGAGAUGGCCUCCGAGGUUUAUACCAAGGUUUCGGGGUCUCAAUCCAAGGUAUCAUCGUCUACAGAGCCGCUUACUUCGGUACAUACGACACCGUCAAGGGGAUGCUACCCGACCCUAAGAAUACACCCAUCGUCGUAAGUUGGGCAAUCGCCCAAGUCGUCACCACUGGAGCUGGAAUCCUCUCCUACCCAUUCGACACCGUUCGCCGACGUCUGAUGAUGCAAUCCGGCCGAGCUAAGGAAGAUAUGCCAUACAAGGGGACCUUGGAUUGCUGGAGGAAGAUCAAACAGCAAGAGGGGGGCAAAGCUUUCUUCAAGGGAGCUUUCUCCAACAUUCUCCGUGGAACCGGUGGCGCUCUUGUCCUGGUUCUUUACGACGAAUUGAAAAGUCUUUUCUUUGGUUGAAAAUUUAACUCAUGAUCAUUAUUUUAAAUCAAAUUUCAUUCUCUGCAAAUAAAAACAAAACUUCGCUUUA